AUGAUGAAAUCUACGAUAGCAAUAGACCCUAUGCCUUUAAGCUUCGCUAUAAGUCUGAAGGAGAACAGCAAGCAACGGAUGAGCUCAAAUUUGCAGCAUCCUAUGCCUCGAUCAUUGACCAAUAAUGCUGCUAUGAAGACGCUUAAGAUCUAUGGGUAA